AUGGGCGAUUCAUCGUACAAGGGCGUCUCGGCCUCGCAGGACAGCCGGUUCACGGACAAAGAGGCGUCGUUGCUGCGCAAGCUCAAGUUCCCACGCCAUUUCGACACCAAGGUCGACAUGCACAAGGUGGAGCUUUCGGUGAUGAAGCCCUGGAUCGCGCGUCGCAUCACCGAGUUGCUGGGCUUCGAAGACGAGGUGGUGCUCGAGUACGCCGUGGGCAUGCUCGAGGAGGGACGCUAUCCCGACGCGAAGAAGAUGCAGAUUCAGCUCACGGGGUUUUUGGAGGCGAGUACGCAGGAGUUCAUGGCCGAGUUGUGGGAGUUGCUCGUCUCGGCACAAGCGAGUCCCGGGGGUGUACCGCAGAGGUUUGUGGAGGAGAAGAAGCAGGAGUUGAGGAGCAAGAGGGAGGAGGGAGAGAGGGUCGUGCGCGAGGCGAGGGAGAGGGCUCAGCGUGCAGCCCAGGCAGCAGGAUCGAACAACGAUGCGCAAUCUGCCAAGAGAAGGUCAAGAUGGGAUGCAGGAGCGCCGUCGGAAUCGUCUAGGGGACAGUGGGAUUCACGACCACCGGCGUAUGCUCCUCCGAGGGGUAGCGAGCCGUACAGAAGACCGGAUGCUGGACGCAGCUUCCGUGACCGCAGCGGAAACACGACGGAGCGCAGUCGCGAUUCGGGCUGGGGCGCGCGCGGAACGGAUGCCACACGACCCGCCGAUUCAUGGCGUCCUUCGCGAAGGUGUCCCUCGCCACCACGAAGACGAUCGCCUUCACCAGCGCCGCGAGAUGAGCGUCGACGAUCACCACCGCGGUCCCGAUCGCGCUCGCGCUCCGUGACUCCCGACUACCGCGCUGCGAUCCGCGAGCGCAAGGCCAAAAAAGCAGCCCCCACAAGGCGAGCGAGAUCGCGCUCGCGCUCGCCAUAG